UGAAAGUGCGUAACAUUUAGUGGGUGGGGGCAUUGUGCGAGAAAGAGAAGAAAGAAGGAGGGAGAGAAAUUGUCCGUCUUGCGAGCCGUCAUGGCUGAAUCAUCGUGAGAGAUUCUUGCAGAAGUACAAUAACAAAUGACAUUGUGAUUAAAAAUUAGUAGGCGCGAAAGUAUAGUGCAUGGAACGUACGUUUAAGUCGAGGCGCUGAUCUCGAUGCCGAGACAUCGAACGAUGAACGGGUUAAGUUUUAGUGAAUUGUGUUGCUUGUUUUGCUGUCCACCUUGCCCGUCCAGAAUCGCUGCAAAAUUAGCGUUUCUACCGCCCGAGCCAACGUACACGUUCGUCGAGGAUGAAGGCUCCAAGUUUACAAUUUCCUUGUCUGACAGGGCAGAGUGGCAAUUCUCGGACAGGGAGAAAGACGCGGUGGAAGGUUUCUAUGCAAGAACGUCACGAGGAAACCGAAUAGCCUGUGUGUUUGUACGGUGCACGGCUACCGCACGUUUUACCAUUUUAUUUUCUCACGGAAACGCUGCCGAUCUUGGACAGAUGUCUAGUUUUUACUUGGGACUUGGCUCGAGAAUCAAUUGUAACGUAUUCAGCUACGAUUAUUCGGGUUACGGUGUUUCUAGUGGAAAACCGUCGGAAAAAAACCUUUACGCGGAUAUAGACGCUGCGUGGCAUGCUCUGAGAACACGGUACGGUAUUAAUCCGGAUAACAUUAUUCUAUACGGUCAAAGCAUCGGAACUGUACCCACGGUCGAUUUGGCCGCACGAUACGAGGUUGGUGCAGUUGUACUGCAUUCACCUUUGAUGUCGGGAAUGCGAGUAGCAUUUCCCAAAACCAAAAGAACAUGGUUCUUUGACGCCUUCCCCAGCCCUACUUCUUGUAACCCUUUGAGUGAUAUAAAUUUACAUUUAUGUCUUACCUUAGACUGCCUGCUGCAAUAUAAAUAUAUAUUUACAUUUUGAAUUUUACACUAAAGCAGUUAAUCAAACUUGCGUAUGGCCAUGCUAUUGCUUUUACAUAUUACUCAAAGUUGCAAAUAUAGUAGAUGAGCAUUUAUUGUUUAAGCAAAAUUAUUUGUAUUCUGAUUUCAAAAAGUAUUUACUUAUGUGGAAAGACUCAUUUCAGGUUUGUCAAUCGGUAGUAAAAGAACUCAUUGCUCAAAGGGAUAAAGAAUAUCAAAUAAUAUCUGAUAACUAAGAUAUAGAUAAUGAUUUAAAUGACAGGUCUCAUUCUUUUUAUAUACUUUUUCAUGCUAAAAUCAUUUCUAUGGUAUAAAGUAAUGAUUCAGACUUGUAACAAUGAGCUGGAUGAUAAUAUCAAUAAAAUUUCAAUUAUUUUCAUAGAAGUUGAAUGAAGUAAAAAUGUAGGAAUAGAAAAUAUUCCUGUUUAUAGAAAACAAUUUUUCAAGUAAUUGCAUGUUAACAUUGAUUUCAUAAAUAAAGAUACGUCAAUGUGGGCAGCAGAUGACAAUUAUAAAACUGCCACUACAUUGAUUGUUUGACCAUGAAUGAUUAGAAGAAGAAAUUCGUUUUACAAAUUAUUACUGACUACAUUCAGGAUUACUUAAAUAUUAAUUGUAUUAUGUUAAUCAAAGAUUUUUAAUAAAAAUAUUAUAUCAUUGAAUUCUGAUACCAACUGUUUUCUUUUCUCCUGCUUUUCUAUAUAAAUUCAAUGUUAAUGGUUUGUGAUUACUACUUUUACUGAUAGGUGUUUUUUGUUACUAAUAGCAAAUGAUUAUUUCAAUCUUCUUU